AUGGUGGACACGGCUUUGCAAACAGCAGCCUAUGCCGCUCGUGCGACAAUGCAUCACACGAUGAAACUGUCUCCAGGAGCCAUGGUGUAUGGACGAGACAUGAUACUCAACAUCCCUGUUGAGGCCGACUUUCAGUUGUUGAGACAACGAGUGAGGCUGAUCAACUACAACCUCAUGAACGAACAUGACAAACGUCGCAUUCAUUUCGACUACCAAGUCAAUGAUCAAGUCCUGCGACUAGUUCCUCAGCCCAACAAGUUGGACAACAGAGCAGAGGGACCGUACACUAUCACUAGAGUACAUACCAAUGGUUCCAUAACCAUCAGACUUAGUCCUCAUAUAGAGGAACGCGUCAACAUACGCGGAGUCAAGCCUUACAGGCAAUGA